CGACCCUGACACGGUAAGCGGGAGUCUUCCGGUCAAUUGCAGUACCGGCGGUAUGCGUUUGUUAUCUCGCCACGAGAGGCUUUUAAGGUCAGCAGCUCCAUGGCCAGAAGCUAGAGACCAUCAUAUGGCUUCGAAUGGCACUGCUGGGACGGUACGUAAUGCACUAGUUGGCUUGCUUGGUAUAGAUAGAGGCGGUUGAGGGAUAGAGCGCCCGUUAGGUAAUUUUGGUGUGCGCCAGGAAUUGUUCCCAUUUGACGAAGCAUAAAGUCUCGCUGCAUCGUCUGGAUGGACCUCUCGUGGCUUUGCCUUGCUAUCCCCAUCGGCGCCAUUGUUCCAGUCCCUUCUCAUCAUGGCUUCAGCCGACUCUACUGUACCUCCCGUUUCAACAACUCUCUUCAUAAAUGGCCGCAUUCUAUCAAAGGCCGGGGUCGGUCUUGAGGGCCAGCCUACCUUUACCGACUCGCUUGUCGUGAGCGAUGGUAAAAUCGUCGCGCUGGGCUCUCGAGAAGACCUAGUCGCAAAGUACCAAAGGGAUGGGGUUACUGUCCAAGACCUGGGCGGGAAGACGGUUCUCCCCAGCUUCAUCGACGGCCACAUGCAUUUCCUGCUCCUGGGCCAAUCGUUGAGGAAACUCAGCCUUGACCAUUGCAAGUCUCUCGAAGACAUCCUGUCGGCGCUUAGAGUGUUUGCCAAGGCGAAUCCCGAUGUUCCCCGCGUCCUGGCCAAGGGCUGGAUGCUUUCCAUGACCCCCGAUGGCGUUGACGCGGCCAUGUUGGACGAGAUCGAUUCUCGACCCAUCUUCAUCGACUCUAAAGACCUGCAUGGGGCCUGGUGCAACUCAGCCGCGCUCGCUGAAAUAGGCGUGGCCGAUAUGGCGGAUCCGCCUGGAGGCAAGAUCCAGCGCGACGCCAAUGGCAAGCCGUCUGGUGUCCUAACCGAAGGCGCCGUCUUCACUAUUAUCUGGCCGCACUUGGCCAACGUUGCGUCUCAGCGGGAGCGGAUGGAUGCCAUGAUCGCCGCCACCGACGCAUACAACGCUUCGGGAUAUACUGGCGUAGUGGAGAUGGCCAUGGACGAGGCUGCCUGGGAGGCGCUUCUAGCUCUUUAUGAUGAGAGACCAGACCUGCCGCUGCGUGUAGUUGCGUAUUGGCUCAUCAAGCCAUCCGGCACCCACGCCGAUCGACUCAGACAGUUGAACCGUGCAAUUGAGCUGAACGCAAAGUAUAAUAAAGCAACGUCACCUGAUCUUCGGAUUGCCGGCAUAAAGAUCAUGUGUGAUGGCAUCGUCGACGCGUGUACGGCAUACCUCUCCGAGCCAUACUCGACGGUUGACUCGCCUGCGCCGAUCUGGUCUCGGGAAGAUCUCGAGCCCAUUGUGCAAGGGGCCUCGGAUGCAGGGCUUCAAAUCGCGCUACACGCCAUUGGAGAUGGAGCUGUGCGAAUGGCUGUGGAUGUUCUCGAGGCACACACUCAGCCAGGAGGUCGCCAUCGCAUUGAGCACCUCGAGCUUGUCGCCCCCGAGGAGGCGAGAAGACUUGGAGAAUUGGGAAUCACGGCCUCCGUCCAGCCCGUGCACGCAGACCCUGCGAUCCUACGGGCCUGGCCGCGUCUGAUCGGUGAGGAUCGCUGCGGCCGCGCCUUUGCCUACCGCGACUUCGCCGACGCCGGCGCCCUGAUGGCGCUCGGAAGCGACAGCCCAACCGCCCCAUGGGACCCCUUGCAUAAUAUCUACAUUGCCACCACGCGGCGAUCGGCGCGGGAGCCGGAGAGCCUGGAAAUUGUGAAUGAGCAUUUCCGACUGGGCGUUUGCGAGGCCAUUACCGCAGCAACAGCCGGUGCGGCGAAGAGUGUUUUUAACGAGGACCGGACGGGGAGUCUCGAGGUGGGAAAGUCGGCAGAUAUUGUGAUAGUGGAUAUGAAAUGGGACGCACAAACGCUGCUGAAGGCAAAGGUCAAAGAAACCUGGUUCAGAGGAAAGAAGGUCCGAAGUUCAGAUUAAUGAGCAUACUCUUGCGUUUGAGUAGAUUAGACGAAUGUGUUGUUCAAUGUCACAAAGUUUCACUCUA